AUGGGAGCUUGCGCAUCAUGUUUGGGACGGGCCGAUGGCAACAGCUACGAUGAGGAGGAAGAGAGCCGCCUACUUUACGACGAGGCAAAUGGAAUGCAAUACGGUAGCUUUGGAGACCAAGCAAUAAAUGGCGAGAACGAUACUCUUGAAGCCCAACGCGAGAACGAGGCCUUACAACGAGUAAUAGCCAAAACAUCAGAUAACAUGGUAGAUAUCUUCGACAUCGCGCCUCAAGAGAAUGGAAAUCGUGGAACCACAACCCCCUUCGCCUAUGCUGGCCAGGGUGCACGUCUUGCCCGAUAUCAACAUCUCGUGGCAAAACUCAGUAACCAGGGCGACAACGCUCCUGUGAGCGGCGUCAAGGUUGACUGGCUGCCUGAAGACGAGACGAUAGAGAUGCAGAAGAACGGUCCGGCCAGCAUUAAGACGAUAGAGAGUGACGACGGUCCCCUUGUGGGGACAUUUGCUGAUGCGGCAGCGGCAAUGCAGUGAUGAAGGUCUGUCCUCGACAUACAUACGAGGCAAGAAUUCUGCCGUCCAGGAGAUUUCAAGCUAGAAGCUGAAUGCCGCCAGAGUGGGGUCGGCAGUUAUGGCAGACGACUGCCUGUUUCGUGAUUGAAGAUUCAAGACGCCACAUGGUCCGUCCCUUUGGUUAUUCAAAACCUCAGAAAGCGGAAGGUCCCGCUUGCUCAGUCCAAUCUUCCUUUUCAUCUGGCUUAGUUCAGCUUGGUUGUCAUUCGCAUCGGUUUGGUUCCGCCAUGGCAUAUGGGCGAAGUGGAAACGAUAUAAUGAGCGGGACGGCGCAGGGGACAACCGACCGACCAAUCCGUUUGACCGCAACCAAUAAUAAGGCCAUUGCGGCCUCUUAUGGCUGUUGUUUCAUAGAAACAAUAACCUUUUGAUCAGCAGAGAUAUUAGUUGCUA